AUGUUUGUUCAUCAUUCAGAGUUUGUGCCUGCACCAAAUACCGUUGGAAAUAUGGCACUGCUACCCUUACGCACAAAAUUUCGAGGACCUGCGCCUAUGAAUAUGGAUUUGGAAAAAGAUAUUAUUGACGAAGCUCUGUAUCUUUUUAAAUCACUCAUAUUUCUUCGACAGUACGAACUAAAAAGUGAGGCUGAUCGCGUACUUGUUUAUCUCGUUCUAUAUAUUUUGGAAUGCUUAAGAAAAUUACAAAGGUGUCCAAAUAGAACUUCUGGAGCUAAAGAAUUAGCUGCAAUGGCCAUAAGUCGUUUUGAUAUACCAGGUGAUCCAGAUUUUCCUCGAGAAUUAAACAAUAUGUAUGCUAAACCGAAAAAUCCCACAGAAAUGGAAACGAUGCGCGGUUAUUUAUCUCAGUUAAGACAAGAGUUAGGUGUACGAUUAUUAGAUAAAGUUUACCGUGAUGAUAAUAGCCCACCUAGUAAGUGGUGGUUGUGCUUUGGCAAGCGUCGUUUCAUGGAUCAAUCUUUAACACCAUUGGGAGUUUUCUAA